CGAGCACAAGGCCAUGACUUUGAUUUGAUGUUGGAUAGACUCGGCCAUGACUUUGCGGUCCCUGCCUGUGGUGGACUCAAGGCUGCAGCAGCAGACAACCACGCCUGUGUGGUGCAGGUUGCUGUUGGCAAGGCUCAUGCCCUCCUCCUGACAGAUGAAGGAGUGUUGUACAGCUGGGGUGCCAACAACGAUUGCGGGCAGCUGGGACGUGUUUGCUACAACCAGGAGAAGAUGUUGAAGCCAGCUCCAGUGAUUGCGGGCAUCAAGCAAGAAAUUAUAGUUCAGAUUGCUUGUGGCUUGAACCAUUGCCUCGCCUUGACCCAAAAGGGUGCCCUGUACGCCUGGGGCCACAACAGAGCUGGUCAACUGGGAGUUGAUGGUUUCAACACACAUGCGGCUGUCGAAGAUCUAGCAGUCAGCGCUCCAACAUACGUGAAGUCAUUCAACGGACAGGAUGGAUCUCUUUGUGCAAGAAGCUGCAGCUGUGGUCCAGAGAGCUCCGCUUGCGUCACGGUGAGGGGAGAGGUGUACGUGUGGGGAGCAAUCAGCUACUACUUGAUUGGCUCGCAAAAGAAGUACGGUGGAGGUGAGAACGCUACUGUGCCUGUUUGCAUCAAAAGCUUGCCCAAAGAGUUGUACGCUGAUGACAUGGGGCCAGACCAGGUGUCCCUUUACAAGGACACAGUCGCUUGCAAUAUAUCGAAGCUGAACAUCGAAGAUGACAUGGCAAGCCUCAUCCAGUCGUUGAAGACUCGCUCCUCCCAAUUGCUGUCCGUGCUGCGAACCAAGCGGGCAGAAGCAAAUGACCGGCCAACAGGUGGUGAAGACGACUUCGAUGUCGAGGAGCUUCGCCAAUUGCAUCAUGACUUUCAGAACCAAAAGAAGGUUCUGCAGACGCAGAUGGAUGACUUGCAGAAGCAGCUCAGCUCCUAUCGGACCGAGCUGGCCAGAGUGAAGAGAGAGCUGACAGUGUGCGAUCAGCAGGAUGCUGCACUAACAGAAACAGCUCGGAAUUUGGAGGCCAGGAAAGACCAAGUUGAGGCCAGCGCAGCGAAUAGACGUACACUGGAAACAAAGCUUCAUGACAUUAGCCACUUCAAGUCGUCGAACCAACGCAAAAGGCUCCAGUUGCUGAACGAGCGUGACGAGACUGAACGCCAGCUGCUUCGCCUUACCCAGGAGCUCACUUUGGCAAUGAACCAGCAGCAACAGUUUGAUAGCCGGACGAGAAUGAUCCGUUCCCUCCACGGUGAAGCAGGCAACAAGUCGAGCUCUCUGGACGAGAAGGGGCUCAAGGUCCUGGACAUGAAGAGAAGGGAGCUUGCGGCUACCGAGCCUGUCAAGCUUGCCGGAACGGGGCGCUUCAAUGGGCUGCAUGAGAUUGUGGAAAUCUCUGACGGAGCAUUGCACGAUGUCUCGAGCUCCUUGAAGGAGGUGCGUGCAGCAGCCGGCAGUGACGGUGCCUUUCUGGAAGAAGUUCUGGAGGACAACCUGCAGAUCAGGAAAGAAAUCAAUGCGCUUAUUCAGGCACGAAAAGACCAGGCGGAGCUUGGUGCCCUCAACGAAGAAGGAACAAAAGUUGUUGAAGAAGGAUUGCUGCAAUUUUUCCAAGAAGCAUCUUUGGUUCUGUCGGAGCAUGAGCGACCAGAUGGAGGUGGACAAAGUGGUCAAAGAAGUCAAAUCGGUCAAAGCGGUUGGGGGUUGGGGAUAGCUUAGAUAGGCGGCCCAUACGAGGACGCCUUCAACACUUUCGCUUGUGUACAAAGUCUUCACAGCGGAGCUGAGCUGAAGACCAGCUCCAAAAGGUGCGCGAGCCAACCUGAGAGCUGGUUUUGAC